AUGUGCCGGCCAUCCAUUUCGGGAGGCGACGACGCAAAAGGCUUCGCAAAGACGUUCUCAUCGUUGUCAUCGAGUGAUGGUGUAGUGGACAAUUCGAGAAAAGACGACGCCAAGAAACCUCGCCAUGUCUGGACUCUCACAGAGCGAUCGUGUCUUGUAUUGUUUGCUUGUCUUCAAAAUGCACUGGCGGGAGGACUCGCGUUUGGGUGGGCGAGCAUUGACAGGACCAUGUUGAUUGCCAGUCAGGAACAAGGAGGCGCUGGGUUGACGCCAAUGGAAACUACCAAAAUCUUCUCUUGGGCAUCCAGUGUCGCCAUGUUGUCUUCGUUGGCCAUGGGACUUGUACUGGAUCGAUUUGGACCACGGACAGCAUCAGUGCUCUGCAACCUUCUAGUUGGAACAGGGUGUUAUCUUUUCUCCAUGGCCAGAAGCUUUGAGGCCAUUGCUAUAGCUACCUGCAUGAUUGCGUUUGGUGGACCUGGAAUCAGCUCCAGUAUUGUCCAUGUUGCAAAUUUGUUUCCCCAGAAUCAGUUCCUGAUGCUCAGCAUUCUUUGUGGGUCAGUCACCUUUAGCUUCAGCGUCUUGGCUGUCUUUGGGGACCUGUGGGAGCGCUACAACUGGGGCUUUCGCGUCUUGUUUGGAGGAUAUGUCGUAGUGAUUGCCCUGUCGACACUGGGAAGCUUCAGAAUGUGGCCUGAUGUCCCUUUUGAAUCUGAAGAUUCCGAUGCGCACCUCAGCAACAACAAUAAGAGUCAAGCCAUCGAAGAAGGUCAUCCACUGCUGGGCCCAGUGUCGCCAGAACAAGAGUUCGUAGAGGCCACGCUGUCACAUCAUCAACUGGUGGAAGAACCCCUCAACUCGGGGCUACGGCAACAGUUGGCGUACGGUCGAACUCAGUCAUACGACCAAUCUGCCGGAGCAUUCGAGAGUGGACAAGAAUAUGCCACAGCAACCCUCGUCAGUUUGAAAGAUCAGCCCUUUUGGAACCAGUUCCUGAGUCAGACAUACGUGAGAAACCUCCUCAUUUUUGUUACGAGCAGCUUCUUUGUCAACUUUACCAUUGCCUCCAUCUCCACCGAAUUGGCCGACCAGCAAGUCUUUUCAAUCGAGACGCAACAUGACUUGGCCAGAAGCUUUACUCUCAUCAUGUCAGGGGGCUUGGUGGCAUCCAUUUUUGUGGGAUGGUUGAUGGACCGAGUGGGAUUGGAAACUUGUACUAUUGUGUCCCUGGUGCUGGGUCAAACCAGUCUCCUCUUGAGAAUUGUGGGCCAGAGCUACAACUCGAUGCUGUUUGGCUAUGUUCUAUACACUCUUUUUCGGCAGUUCCUCUUUCCAGUCUUUAUUGCCUGCCUCACAGCAAAGCUUGGCUUCAAGUACUUUGGUUUCCUGUCGGGGAUUGGAUUUGCCUUGUCGGGAAUUGCACAGUUCUCCAUGGCAUCUCUGGUCCACUUUCUUUCUGGCGAUUGUCAUUUGCAAAAAGGGCCAAUCUACGCUACGCAGCCUUGCAGCCAUGGUUCAUGGAAUCUGUUCCAUAUUCUUCAAAUUGCCAUGUUGGCCAGUCUGACGAUCAUCCCGAUUCUGGAUCGUCGUGAGGCUGCUAGGCAACAGGAGAGACACGACAGCAUUGUCAAAAUCAUCAAGGAAUACGAAGGGGCAUCCCCUUCGACUGAAGCACAUGAUGACAACCAGCCUUCGCUUCCGCGCCGUGAUUCUGUGUCUUCCCACACUGGCAGUUUCUGCUCAGCCCCUCCUUCAGGGAUGUUGGGGCAAUCCUUGGUAACUGCGUAUGGUGCGACUGGGGAGUCCAGUGUUGUCUAG